GACAAAAAUACCUGCAACAGUUCGGAAACGACAUAUUUUUGUAGAAGAAAACAAUAUUCCUAUAUUAUUUUGAUUUGCGUGGCAGGUAAGAGAACAGACUCAAAAUGAGUGAGCAGUUAAAGUUUGUGGUUCAGGAGUUGAACAAAGAUCCGUUCAACAAGAGCUACAACAUGAUCAGCUUCGACUCCCUUGAACCUCUUCAGCUGCUGCAGGUUCUCAACGACGUCCUUGGCGUCAUUGAUCCUAAGCAAGCAAUGGAUAUUCGGGAGGAGACGCCUGACCAGACGGCGAUUCGGAUAUUCAGCUGCCUCCGGGUUCUCAAGUACAAACCUCCCACAGAGAGCACAUUCCGUACAGGCCUGGUUCAGGGGGAUAAGCCGGUUGUCUACCACAUCCUAGACUGGCUUUUGCGGAACAUUCCGGGGCUCAAGAAGCGGGCAUACCUUGCCAAGUACCUCGUUAAGGUCGACGUUCCUGCCGACAUCAUGCAAGAGGAUCCAAUGAAUGACCUCUAUUUACAGUAUGAAGAACUGAUCGAGACAUUCAAAGAUCUUCACAAGCAGGCAGAGGGACUCCGUAAUUCUGGCUACAACACGGGUGAGAUACGAAAGGACAUCUCCAACAUGGAGGAUGAGAAAGAACAGCUUAUCAAGCGUGUUGACCGCCUCAAACGCAAGGUGGAGCAGCACCCAAAUGCGAACACCAUGAUGAAUGUGGCGAAGAACCUGCGUCUGGAGAGAGACAAAGAGAAGAAACUGGCAGAACAGAGACAGGAACAGCUUACACUGAUCCAGCACUCGGAGCAGCGGGUCAAGCGUCUCCAGCAGCAGCUACAUGAACAGAGACAGGCUGCAGUGGGGGCCACUCCAGAAGGCCUCUUACAACGGCUAGAGGAAGAGACGCGAGCAAACAGCUAUAUUGUGAAGGAGAGGCUUCCCAAAGACAUUGAAUCUCGCAAGAAAACUGUCACUGAUCUGCAGAGGGUGGUGGCUGAGCCAGCUAUGGGGCAAGCUGACCUGGAGGAACUUCAUAACAAGAUCGGUGAGCUGAACUCGGAGAUCAACCAGCUGGUGGAGAAGAGGAUGAGGAGUGGGGAACCUAUGGACGAUAAACUGUCUCUUUUCAGACAGCAGGCAGCCAUUAUUGCCCACAAGAAGGAGAAUGCGGCCGAGGGAUUACGAGAGACUCGUGAUGAAUACUCCAGGUUCACACACGAGGUCGACGAUAAACGGGAACUGGCCAGGCAGGCAUCCGGUGGCGGCGAAGUGCUGAAGGGAGACGAGUUCAAGCGUUAUGUCAACAAGCUUCGUAGCAAGAGCACGAUCUACAAGAAGAAACGCCAGGAGCUCGCUGAACUGAAGGCCGAGUUUGGAGUGCUGGCUCGGACUGAAGAGAUACUGCAGCAGAGGGAUGAGAAUAUUGACCAACAACUGUCUGCCCUGGAGAGUAAAGCCGGUGUGGCCGGGUACAGACAGACACAGGAGGAACUAGAAAAGGUGUCAUCAAAGAAAUCUCACCUUGAUCAUACAAAGGGCCAGACCUUAGAGGAGAUCUCCGACAUGGUCAGAAUCCUCACAGGGAAGAUCGCUGAAAGGAAGGGGGCUCUGGCCCCUAUAAUCAAGGAAUUACGGCCCCUUAGACAGCAGUCCCAGGAACUGACCACAGAGUACAACGACCGGAAGCAGGCAUAUGAUACGGCAGCAGCUGGCCUCGAGUCCAAUAUGGCUAAACUGGAGGCAGAGGUGCGAGGUCUACAUGAGGAGUGCACGCAGGAAGAAUCUCGUUACCACUACCUCAAUUGCAUGAUGGGAUUGCUUCAGCAGCAGGAGAAACGUGUGCAUGAGGAGAUGAAGUCUUACACCUCACAGGAUAUGACAGCUCGAAGGAAAAACUUCAGGGAGCAGUAUGUGCGAAAGGUCCAGGAGCAGGAGAACCUUGCCAAGGGUCUACGAGAGCAACAGAAGUCUGUGCGGGAUGGUCAACAGGAUGCUGUACACCAGAUGAAGAUGUGGCGGGACAUAGAAAGGCUACUCGAGUGUAAGCGGAUGUGUCUGGAGCGUCAGGCGGGCCGUGGAGGCGGGCAGGCCGGGUACAACUACAUGGAACAGCAGCCUGCUGUUCUUGAAGAUGAUAGACUGGUCCUCUAGAUCGCGUCUGUUGGAUUUGUGUACUGGUCUUCUUUUCUUAACUGUAAAUUAUUUAAGAUUUGCGUGGUUUUUUGAACAUCUUUAGAUUUCAAACUGUUAAUUGCUUUUUUAUUUCAUGAUGUAGUCAAAUUCCUGAAUGUCACAAAUUUAGAUUCAUUGCAAUUUUAAGCAAUUUUUUGAGGACAAAAGCGAAAAUUACAUGUAAAUAAUGGAGCAGAUAAAAUAAAAGCCAUUUCACUUACAGCCGUUUGAGGAUAGAGGAGCAAUUUAGGGCCUUUAUGGUACUCUUGGAAAAAAAAAGAAUUAUAGUUUUCAUAACCUGACCCAUAAAUCAAAAUUAAAUGCAUAAACAUUUACAAAACAUGCAAUUCGAUGAAGUUCCAAAUCACCUGAAGCAAUAGUACACAUACUGUUUCAAGAUUGGGACUCAAAUUGAUAGUUUCAACUUUAUUAUAUUACUAUGAUUGUAAAGAAAGUUUUAAUUAAGAUAUGCGAAAUCACUCUCAUUGGCACUAUGUUGCGCAACAGUAUGGUCCAGUGUUUUGGGGGAAACCGGAAAACCCGGAGAAAAAAAACUUGUCAGGCUUGGUGAACACCAACCAAAUUGAGUGUUUGUAAAUGGUUAUGCAUUUCUAGUUCUAACUUAUCUGUCAGGGUAAAUUAAAAAUGAUUUUAGUUUUUUAAAGAAAAACAUUCAGGCCUUAAACCGCCCCCCUCAUAACCCUCCAACCACUGCAAUUUCAUCUUCACCCUCAAAUUUAUUUAUUAAAAGUAUGUGGAGUUUGUCCGUUAUGUAUCUGUGAACUAGUGUUCCAGAAGACUUUUUCACCAAGGUGUAAAGACAUAUAUCACGAAGACUCGUGAGCCUUUCAAAGUAUUAAAUCUAAUUAAUUAGCUGCUUUUGAGUCUGAUUAAAGAAGAUAAACAUCUUUGUGCUGAAAUAAAGCAGAAUUCAAUCUGAUUUGAUGUGCAAAAAAAAUGUUUUUGAUGGCAAAUGAACGUGUUUUCAAUUUACCAGUUUUACGAUAAGACAAAUAAGCGGAUAGAAAUAUUUUUAACCUUGAGCUGUGAUGUUUCCGGAAAAAGGCAGAUGGCUUUCCUCCGAGUUAAUAAAAGGAUCACAUGGACAUAAUGCUAAGUAAUGUGCUUAAACUUAGUUUAAGGAAGUUUAUGACUUCAUUACGGCCAACACCUUGUAAUUUUGUUGGGAUUAUAUUGAAAAACAAAUCGGAAGAUAUUAAUAUCUCUAUUGGAAAAAUAUUGGUUAAUUUCCUUGAGGAAACAACCACACUUUCACAAUCUUGUAUACCGUUUUUAUUAUUAGGGGAAGCUCAACAGCUCAGAAGGAAUUUAUUACAAUAAUGUGUCCAAAUACUGUGAUAACAACUUAAAUACGAAUUAAAAUUAUAAGAAAGAAUAAUUUAAUUUUAGAAUUUAAUGCAUGGUUGUGAUUUUUAUUUAUCUAUGAUGUCUGAUUAAAAGUAUAUGUUUUUUUUUAUUUCUUUGUAAUUGUUGUAACACCUUAAAAAGUGGUUGAAACUUUUGUAUUUUCAUGGAUAUUAGGUGAAGAAUAUGGGAAUAUCCUUGACCUUGACAUAAUUGACAUAACACUUACUCUAAAUGACAGGUUAAUUGUUGUCGAAUAUAGCAAUGUGAAAAUAGCUUUAACUAAUGUCCAGGACAGAAAUAGCUACAGUUGGUAAGGAAUUUGAAUAACACGUAUAGUAUGUUGUAACAUUGUCAAGGUUACAUACAUUUUUAUAAAAUAUCGCAUAAAGGAUAUUAAUUGUUUGUUUUAGUGUAAGCGAAACCAAUACAUUUCACAGACCACUAAAAGUUAUAUUUCACAAGUGGCUUAUUUACUUUUGGUGUUCAUAAGGUGAAAUAUAUUGCUAUCUUACACAGAAACAAAUAUCUCAUGCUUAUAAUUCAUCAAAAUCAAUAAUAAAUUCAUAUUUAAUUGGAAAAGGGUUCAAAAUUACGUCCAUACUGGAAAUGAAGGCAUUGAAUUUUCAUCCCAGCACAUAAUGUGCAAUUACUUAAUUAAUUUACAAUAAGACUUAAGUAAGUGAAACAGUGAAAUUAUAUUUUUUGAUGAACACGUGCAAACCGAAGAGCAUGAAAUGAAAACGUCAAAUGAGAUGAUUUUUUCAGCAAUUAACUGUGUGAAUAUUCAUAUUUCUGCACAGUUGUUCAUGUUUAUAUUUAUAUGACCCAGAUCAUUAAAUAAGAAAAUGAAGUAACAAACAACGGGCCAAUUGUUCAGAACUGUUAAAGUGAACAAUUUUGUUAAUAUCAUCGUUGUUAACUUUCAAAUCGUUACUGCUCUGGAAGUUUAAAGGAUGCGCUUGUGAUUUGCUGUAUUUCUUAUAAGAUUUGAGGCAGUUGUUGAAGCUUUAUUUGGUUGUAUUCAAAUAUUUGAGCAGAUCAUAUUUCACGUUACAAAGGUAGCGUUGUUAUAAAUCACGUUGUUUACUUAAACAAAGUUCUGAACAAUCAGCCCAGUAUGUAAUGCAUGUUAACAGCUAUUUGUUAUGUACUACUGCUGUAGUAACUUGAUAAAGUGAUUCCAUUAUUUCAAUGUACAAUGUAGAUAAAGUUAUAAAUAUUUGUAUUUUGUUGGUAUGAAACAUUCCGUCCUCAUGUUACUUGUAUGUCAAAUACAUCUCUAUAUUUAAUGAUAAUAUUUAUCUUCUUAAUAAAGUUUAGU